AUGAGCGAUGCGCAGGUGGCCCGGCCGCCCGGGAUCCGCGGCGCCCCUGGGGGCGGGGGGCGGGGGCCCUGCGACCGGGCCACGGCGCCCCCCGCGGGAUGGCGAGGACCGCGGCCGGGCCCGGAGCGGGCGCUCGGGAGGCUGCACGGCGCGUUCCAGGCGGGCCCGCGGGGGCGGGCGGGGGCGCCGCAGACCCGGCCGGAGGGCCCCGCGGACGCCGCCGAGAGCCGCGCGGACCGGGCGUGGGUGGCCUCGCGCCCCCAGGACUGCCUGCGCCACCUGCAGCAGCUGCUGGCCCUCCGCAGGCAGUACCUCCGCCGCCUGCAGCCGCCGCGGCCCGCACCCGCCCCCAACCCCGACCGAGGCGCAGGGGCCCGCGGCCAGGCCGCCCCCGGGGACGCCAAGCGGAGAGCAACCCCGCGGAAAUACUCCCAGUUCAGCGCGGACGUGGCCGAGGCCAUGGCCUUCUUUGAUUCCAUCAUUGCAGAGCUGGACACGGAGAAGCGGCCGUGGGCGGCUGAGGCAGACGCCCCGAAUGAGGACGUGGACUGUGAAGUGGCCACCAGCUCCCGGGAGCACGGCUUGCACUGCAACUGGAUCCUGCGGGCCCCGCGCCGGCACUCGGAGGACAUGGCCGUGCACGCGGUGCACACGGCGGACGGCCAGCUGCGGAGGGCCGCCGAGUGCAGGACCUUCGGCACCCAGAGGCGACUCGAGAGGCACCCCAUUUACCUGCCCAAGGCCGUGGAAGGGGCAUUCAACACCCUGAAAUUUAAGCCCAAAGCCUGCAAAAAAGACCUGGGGAGCCCCAGACAGAUCCUCUUCAACUUCUCAGGAGACGACAUGGAGUGGGACGCCGAGCUCUUUGCACUGGAGCCCCUGGCGUCUCCGGGGGAGGACUACCCCGAGCCCGAGAACCCCAGGGGGCAGUGGCUGCUGCGAGAGAAACUGUGGGAGCGAACAGUGCCCUGA